AUGGGGGGAUUCAAUAAUAAUCCCACAGCAUCUCAGUUUGAGGCAGCAUACAAGCGCCUAAUAAUUCACACAGAAUUAAAAGUUUCAAAAGAAGCUAAUUGCCAAGUAUUGGACUGCACACCAAUUUUGACAGUAAGUUCAAAUAAAAAAAUUGAAAACAGAAUUGGAAACUUAGACUUGAUAUGUGCAGAAGAUUAUGAAGAAACAGACACUUUUGAAAACAUUAAUUAUAAUAAUGAAUUAAUGUUUGUUGAUGAUGUUAUUCAAUAUAUUACGGGUUUUGUAGUAAGAAAGCUUUACAAACAAAUAACUUGUAACAUGUGUCUUAAAUUAUUGUCUGAUGAUAAAAUGAUUCCAAAACAACUAUCUUUACUGGAUAUUAAAAACAGAGGAGGCUUAACAAAACCAACAAAAGACAUGACAUACCUAUGUAAAACAGCAGAAAUUACAUUUCGGACUUUCCAACAAACUUUACCUUCAAUCAAACCAAUCGCCAUUAGAUAA